GCAGAGAAUUUAUUGCACAUUCUCUGGUAUUAAAUUCGAUGCAUAGUUAAAGAAAGUCAAAUCAACCCUGAAUACUUCAAAUACGAAGUAAUAGAAAAAGCAGAGACUGUUGUGAAAAUUCAAUAAUAUAGGAGGAAAGAUUAAAAAUAUUAUUUGUUUUAAGUGUUUAGAAAAAUUUAUAAAACCAAAAUAAACUUUAAGUGGUGAGCAUUUACAUGUCAAAAACAAUGUCCAAAGAAAAGGUCGAAAGUCUUGAAAACAAACACACCGAACACUGGGCAGGUGGCAGUGGUAAAGGCGGGUUAGAUGUGUGUCCUGAAUCUAAUUGUAAGGCCAACUAUGAUGCUUCUAAAAGCAGUAUAGAUCGUGGAGGGGGGCGUAUUGAAUCGACACAAAUUGCUGGUAAUGAAUCUCCCCCGUACUUGUCACCAGUAUUGUCGUUAACUUCAACUCCUAUUGCAUCUAUAACUAUAGAGAGAGAUGUUAUGGGUGCUUGCUCAUCAAAUAUAUUAAGCGAGAAUGAAGAGUACCCAUUACACAAAAGUGUUUUUCAAGGUGAUUUUAAAAGUUUGGCAAGACUUCUUCAACGGUCCCCAAAUAGCUGGCGAACGCAAGAAGAAAUCGGUUGUAAAGAUAAACAUGGAAACACACCCUUACAUCUAGCAGUAAUGUUGGGAAGGAAAGAGUGUAUCAAUUUGCUGUUAUCUCAUAACGCUCCUGUAAAAGUAAAAAACAAUGAAGGAUGGUCGCCAUUAGCUGAAGCAAUUAGCUACGGUGAUAGACAAACUAUCUCCGCUGUGCUGUGUAAACUUAAACAGCAAUCCCGUCAGCAUAUGGAAACUCGUCGCGCUAAAUUAGUUCGUGCUCUUGAACAAAUGAAAGACUUUUACAUGGAACUCAAAUGGGAUUUUGCUUCAUGGGUUCCACUUGUAUCCCGUAUGUUGCCGUCCGAUAUCUGUCGAAUUCACAAGUCGGGAGCCACCUUACGCCUUGACACAACAUUAGUAGAUUUUAAUGAUAUGCGUUGGGAGAGGGGGGACAUUUCUUUUAUUUUUCGUGGUGAUCGACCACCUCAUGAAUCAUUAACAGUUUUAGAUAACGAAUAUGAAUGUUAUCAGCACGUUCGAUAUGAAGAUACAGAUAUCGAAGACGAAGUAGAUGUACUAAUGUCUACGGAUAUUUUAGCUGCUCAAAUGUCAACGAAAAGCAUACAGUUUGCUCGAGCCCAAAGCGGUUGGAUAUUCCGCGAGGAUCGAAAAGAAUUAGUCAGCGGACAAUACCAAUGCGAUUUAUAUUCGAUACAAGGUCUUGUUUUAAAACAACGUAAAAGGCGAGAGCAUCUAUCACAUGAGGAUCUCCAAAAAAAUAAAGCUAUUGUUGAUACAAUUACACGUGGUGGUCGUCGUGCUAGCUUAACAAGUGCAAACGGGGAAGGUGGAUUAAAUAGGGAUUCAAUAAAUGGAUCUGCAUCAGAAAUGCCCCGAAGAAGUUCAUUGCAACCUCCGCCCCCGCCAGCCAUUACAUGGGAAGAGUAUAUUAACACACCAAUUGGCAAAUGCCCCCAUUUGGGACGACCACCAGUACAUAAGCAAUCAAACAAGUCUAUACGGGCCACAGUAGCUAUGAGUAAAGAUUUUCCCCUUAGCGUCGAAAUGCUAUUAAAUGUAUUGGAAGUAAUUGCUCCUUUCAAACACAUUAAUAAAUUGCGCGAAUUUAUAACGCUCAAAUUACCAAGUGGGUUCCCCGUCAAAGUAGAGAUACCAGUUUUACAUACAGUGACAGCGAAAAUAACUUUCCAAAAGUUUGAAUUUCGUGACAACAUACCGGCAACACUAUUCGAUGUACCGUCGCAUUAUGUGGAAGAUGCCCGUCGUUUCCCAGAUUUAUGACCGGGAACAGGUCAGCAGCAUCCAAUGACGGAAAGCGUCGAUUUAAACCGCAAUGCUACCAGCGACAUCAGAACUAAGGCGCAUGCCACUUUUGAUGAAAUAGAAUAGUGUACAUAGGAGACAAAUAAAAAUCUGUAAUCAUUGCAUUGAUGCAUCAUUAAUAACAUCACUAAAAUAUGAUAUUUAUUCGUCUCUUAUUAUUUCAAUAUAAUAUAUUCAAAGAAAUGUAUUAAAUACAAUUACCAUUCAAUGCAUUUACAUUAUUUGAUUGUAGUGUAUAUUGCAUACUUCAGCGAUAAGAAGUAUAUUAUGCACGAUUUAUCUAUGUAUUCAAAAAUGUACAUACUUAUGUAUUAUAUGUAUAUGAAUGUAUGAACAUACAUACAUGUUAUUUCAAAACUUAAUUUAAAAAUUUUUAUCUUAUUUUUUGACUACUAACCUAAACUUACUGAAUAAUUAUGUAUGUCAUAGGCUCAAACAAUAUACAUAAAUGACAUUGUAAUUAUUGCGUGAAUUUAAUUUUGUCGAAUUUAUGUGUGAUUUGAAAUCAGAAUAUUUUCACGCGUAUAACUCGGCACUAAUUUUUAUUACAAAUAUUUCAAAGUAAGCUGACAUGUGUGUAUAUGAUUGUAUAAUGUUGGUAUAUUACUAGCCAUUUUCAACGUGUUAAACAGUUGUAAUCCCAUUGUGCAAAUCCUUUUUUAUAGUAUGUAAGUUGUAGUAAAAGCUUGUGUAUAACAGUCUGUUGAGAUAUUAAUGAAAAUUUUCUAAGAGUUUGCCAACUAUUGAUUUAAUUUUUGUGUGUAAACA